GGCACCCACAGCCUCCUUGGGCAACCUGUUCCAGUGCGUCACCACCCUCUGGGUGAACAGCAGGUGAUUCUGAUCAGCUAAUUCACUUACAAGCAGCUGCACAGUAUAUGGUUUGAUGGACUGAUUACAGGACAAAAGCAUCACGCCAUGGACCAUAGGGGCUACUGAGGGCUUGGACAUGGGCACAUCAGACACACUACUGGACACCUAAGGUUAAUGGGGAUUCCUUCUCUUUUACAGGAUGGGGAGGAUUCCUGACUGUUCUGUACUAGAAGCAUAAGAUUUCUGUGUGAACAGAAUAGCACUAAGUGCCAACAAGAACCUGAAUGAGUCAGCGAGGAGCUAAUAACUAUAGCAAUAAUAAUAGUAGUAGUAAUAAUAACAGAGCUGUUUUGGUAAGAGGAAGCCAAGAAAACUUACUGGACCUUUUCAGAACUCAUUUGCUUUUCAUUUGGUCCAUCCUACGCCUCUCAGGAAUGCCCCAAACAAAAUAGGGAAGGAGCAGAGACAAGUUUACUGCCGGGUAGAAGAGCUUUACCUUUAGAAUCAUCUACAAUGGCUACAACAGCUGCCCUGCUGCAGGCUUAGAGCAACAGAAAACCUCAUGGUGUCUCAAUACAAAAAUACGGCCAUUGCUGCUUGGAAGAAUGAAUAUAGACGUCUGCCAAUAGCAGUGCUUGCCAAAUUUCUAAGAACACGGAUGUAUGGCAGUAUGAGCAGCCACAGGAAAGAUGAACACAAACGAUGCUGCACUGACAGUGCACAAAGUGCCUCAUGCUUCACCUGUUUAAGGACUGGAAUGAACGGAGCACACAGAGGGGAGGGGGAUUUACUGCUCAGUGCAGGUGAUGGCGCUCAGCUGACACGCAGGAGCUGCUUCCAAUCAAACACCUUUCACUCCCGUUAUCUGCAUCCAUGUGAACUGCUGACACCUCAGGUGCACUGAGCACUGCACCCAGCUCCGUCCUGACCCCUCACUCCUCAUUCUUCAGGCUGACGACAACACCAGCCGCUUUACAAGGCACAAACGGCACCAAACGUUACAGCUGAUGCAGCUGUGGGGUUUUUUGUUUGUUCAGCUUAGAAACUUCUGCCGGGCUCAGAGCGGGACGUGGGGCUCAGGGCCGCGUCUGCCCCACAGCCCCCAGCUUCCAUCACAGCAGCUCAUGACUUUGUUCAGGCAGCCCCGGCUCUUCUCCCGGCUUUACUUUCUGUCUGGCUGCCCGGUUCCUCUCCAUGGCUGUAAUGAGAACCUCCAUCCCGCUGCCCGACCCGCAUGGAGCCGUAUCGGACCCCGCUGUCCCACCGCCCCCCCCGGCCCACGCUGAGGGGAGGAGUGAGGCGGGAAGGGGACGCUCCGAGGGGAGGAGGGACAACUUUAGAAGUCUCCAUAUGUCUUUUCCUUUCAGGAAACACAUCCUGUUCAUGUUUGACUGCCGUGGCAGCGGCUCUGUUUGUUGCAGUCGACUACGCCCUGAGGCUCACCAAAAACAGCCACAAAAACAGCCAUUUCCUCUGUGUGGAGCUGGGGGGGCGGAGGGGGAGCCCUCUUCCUCACGGCAGCCCGCGCCACUCGCAGUUGUGGAGCUCGGACAGACGCAGCGGAGCACAUUCCUCGGGAUACUCCAAGCUUUCCCGUCUCCUCUGGGAUGACAACAUUGGUCUGAGUCCAUUGGGCUUUAAGAAUGCCGUCUGUUGGUUAUUGCGGGGUAUUCUGAACCGUGCGUCCAAACGAGGAUCCCGCACCGUGGGUGUGUUGGGCGCCCUGCCUGCAGCCUGGAUCCACACAGCCUCGGCUCACAGGGAAUGGACCCCACCGGGCUGGCACUGCUCAUCAAGGUGCAAGAAGGUGGAUAAGCCAACGCUGGGAAGGACCGAGUCUUAAACAAGCUUCUUGGUGUUCGUAUUUUAUGGAAUUAUCCUGCCUACCUCACGGAAUUCUCAUUUGCUUCAUCAGAAACGCCUCUGGAGUUGACUUUGAGAAUGAACGGUGAUGUCCUCUAGCCACUUCUAACAUCCCAUCCGAGCCGCCUCCAUUUCAAGCCCCAUUUCAAUGUGCUGCAGCUGACUGAGACCUCGCGUCUUCUGCUCAUAGAGACUGGUGGCGAGCUGACAGUCAGAUAUGACUGUCCAGAAACUGGUAGCCACAGCCGUGUUGGUAGCCUUGGUCUCGCUUAUUCUAAACAAUGCGGCUGCCUUUACUCCUAACUGGGUGUACCAGACCCUGGAAGAUGGGCGUAAGCGCAGCGUGGGGCUCUGGAAGAUGUGCUGGCUGGCAGAGAGGAGCAAGGCAGGAACCAGCACGAGCAGCAGGCACGGGCAAGGGGAGGAGCGCGAGUGUGAAGCCCUGGGCUGGGGCUCGGAGUCAGCUGGGUUCCAGGAGUCUCGCAGCACUGUCAAACUGCAGUUUGACAUGAUGCGCGCCUGUAACCUCAUCGCUACUGUUGCUCUGACUGCUGGCCAGCUCAUCUUCGUCCUGGGCCUGGUGGAGAUCCCGCUCAUCUCUCAGGAUACCCAGUGGUGGGAGGAGGCCAUCGCUGCCGUGUUCCAGCUUGCCAGUUUUGUUCUGGUCAUUGGAUUGGUGACUUUCUACCGCAUCGGACCAUACACCAACCUCUCAUGGUCCUGUUACCUGAACAUUGGAGCCUGUCUUUUGGCCACACUGGCAGCUGCCAUCCUCAUAUGGAACAUCCUCCACAGGCGGGAGGACUGCAUGGCGCCGCGGGUCAUCGUCAUUAGCCGUACCCUGACUGCUCGGUUCCGCCGGGGCCUGGAAAAUGACUACGUGGAGUCACCGUGCUGAAAGCAUGGACUGGAAAGGGGAAAGAUCUCCGAGGAGAUCUGUGUUGGAUUUUCUAUAAAUAUAUGCUAUAAUUUAAAACUAAGGGUUGAAGGACAUCACAAAGCUCACUCUUGUGGGCAGAGGCCCUCGAUUAUUAUUUGGAUGGGCUCCAUCUAUAUACAUAUGUAUAAAACAUAUAAUUUUAUAUAUAUUAUAUUGCCCUCUUCCUCUACUGUACAGCUCAGGAUAUUGGGCUGUCAGAAUCCCGACAGCAUCACAGCGACGUGUCAGCAGGUGCAGCCGGAGCAGGUAGAUCAGAUGAGAAUACAGAAGAGACAACCUAACGUUUUCUGCCUGGAUAAAGUUGUGUUGCUCCCUUACUAACAUCGAAAGCUUUGGGAAACCAGUGAUGACCAGUUAGUUUUCCUUUGGAGCUGACAGGCAGCCUGAGAAGGCAGAAAACUCACUGUAGAAUAAGUGAUGAUUAAGUGAUGAUUUUUAACAGCUGUUAAGAUUUCAUGGCUUUUUAGUCUUCCAUCCCCAUCCCAUUCAUCCAUUUCAAGGAACUUCUCAUUAGCUGCAACACCUUCUCUUUUCAAGCCACAGCAUAAAGCAAGUGCUGCAACUCUAAUAGUUCUAAAUGGUAAGGGACUGCAGAAGAAUUCAGUUCAAUUUUCUCCAGAUACUGCUUUUUUCACCCUAAGAGAGAGGUUUAGGUUUAUCCUAUAUGUAAAUAGAUACCAUUAAAAAUGGCAAGGGCGUGGAACAGGCCUUACAUGGUGCUGAACAUCUCCUUCAGUGUUACACUGCGGGCAGAUCUACAGAAGGUGAUCACCUGGAUUCUCUCAUAAUCAUAGAUACUACUGAUUUGCUUCACAGGAAAUUAUUAGUAAUAAUUGAUAUUUCAGCCCACAGAAGUUUCUUCCUGGCUUGCUUUAACAUUUGCCAGGCAACUUCCAGAUUAGAGUGCUACGUUAGGACACCCAGCUCUGCCCAGCAAUGCUCAGAGGCACCUAACAGAAUAUUGGAGACUGCACCUGAUACACCAACUGGAGAAUAGGACAAAGACUUUGCCAUGAGAUAAAACAUCUGUCCAUUAACUUCAUAUGGUAAUGAAAUGAACAUAAUUGCCUUCAGAAUUAGGCACGAUGCCUGUUAGCCUCACAAGGGCUCACAAGGUGUUGCACGCAGCCUUUAGGAAGAGAAAACAACCGGUCAAAAACUGUUGUGCAAAAAUACUUCAGACGCAGGGAGUAUCACAGUGACAGGUGUCCAGUAGCUGUCAGCAGAGGCUCCUCAGCACUAACUGACAGAUCUGAAGGGCUGAGCUGUGAAUACGAGCUGUGACUGCCACAAACUGCUGUUGUGUUGCUCCCAGCCGAUGCGCUGCUCCUCUUUACUGCUAUUUUCACCAUACUUUGCCACACUUAGAACGUGAUCAUCAAGCUGGCUCUUGAAUUCUGUUCUCAAACUCAUUUCUGAUGCAAUAAGAAACUCAACCCCAACUGCUACUUUGCAUUGUGUUUAUAGUCAGCAACCCUGCGCAGGACAGAACACCUUAAUGCUGACAAAGAGUUUCUUCUCACAGUAGGUUUGUAAAAACCAACUAAAAUUUGUACUCACUCUUCUGCAUUACCUCCUGGAAAAGCUCUAUCUUUCCUAGAAGCAACGUGCUAUGGUUAAUUGUGGGGGUUUUUAAGAUUAAACUAUUUGAAUAUUUAAAAGACAUUAUAUUAUUUCUUCUAAUAUUGCAAUAUCCGUAUUAUAAUAAUGUACAUUUCAAUUUAAAAAUCAGCUACGUGGUCAGUAAAUUCGUAAUACUUGGUAUGACUGUGAUUAUGUCAGAUGUAUAAAUAAAACUACGAAUGUUCACCCUCU